AUGGCGGAUAACAAAAGCGAUGAGGAUAUGGAUCCGUCUGCUAAUACGGACUCAGUGCCUUCAGCGCAAGAUAGCGAACAGCCAGAAGCGAAAGCCGAAAAUGCAGUCACAAUAACAGAAACAAAUUCAAAGGGUGGUGAAGAAAUGGAGUCCCGUGAUAACGCUAACGAGGCACCGACACCCACCAGCGACGGAGGGGACGUUAGCGGCGGCGGAGUGGACGUUGGUGGUGGUGCUGCUGCCGGAGCGGGAGGUGAAGCCGAUGGCAGCAACGAAGUGAGCCCGUCCGGGACAAGCAGCACCAGCACAGAGCCGGCGGCAGCUGAAGCCGUAGCCGCCGGGGAGGCUCCCGCUGGCGGGCUCACCACUGAGAUGUCCCCCCCUCCUAACGUUACGGCUCCGGCGGCCACACCGGUAUCCGCUCCCGUUAAUUUACUGGAUACGUGCGCAGUGUGUAAACAAAGUCUUCAGAGCCGAGAAUGUGAACCAAAACUUCUGCCUUGUCUGCACUCUUUUUGCCUCAAAUGCAUCCCGCAACCAGAUAGACAGAUAAGCGUACAGGUGCCUGGACCACACGGGCAAGCUGACACACAUAUAGUGAAUGUUAUGCGCUGUUCAGUGUGCCACCAGGACUACAAACAGAGCGAUAUUAUCGACAACUACUUUGUCAAAGACACCACAGAGGCUACCAGCACAUCUGAUGAAAAGUCUGCACAGGUGUGCACAAGUUGUGAGGACAAUGCAGGAACCAUAGGCUUCUGUGUGGAGUGUGGAGAAUGGCUGUGUAAGACGUGCGUGGAAGCCCACCAGAGGGUCAAAAUCACCAAGGACCACAAGAUUCACACAAAGGAGGAUGCUGACGCUGCCUCUGAGUCUGUUGGUACACCAGGACAGAGACCUGUUUUCUGUCCCAUUCACAAGCAGGAACCACUGAAGCUUUUCUGUGAGACCUGUGACACCUUGACCUGUAGGGACUGCCAGCUGCUGGAGCACAAGGAGCACAGGUACCAGUUUCUGGAGGAGGCUUUCCAGAACCAGAAAGGCAUCAUUGAGAGCAGCAUGGCCAAACUACAGGAAAAGAAGAACUACGUCCAUUACUCUGUCUCUCAGGUGCAAAGCAGGUUAAAAGAGCUGAAUGAGACGCAUAGGAAGGUGGAGCAUGAGAUCAAAAUCGCAGUGUUUACUUUAAUAAACGAGAUCAACAAGAAGGGCAAAUCCUUGUUGCAACAGUUAGAGAGUGUGACCAAAGAGCGCAGUAUGAGGCUCGUGGCUCAACAUAAGGAUACAACGCAGCUCGCCCAACAGAUCCACCAUGUGCUCAACUUCUGCCACUGGGCCAUCAGUACUGGCAGCAGCACGGCGCUGCUUUACAGCAAGAGGCCGAUUCUGUUCCAGCUUCGCCAGCUCUUCAAGGCAAGAUUGGAGCCAGCACCCCAGGCCAACGGAGUUGUGCGCUUUUUCUGUGAUCCAACAUUCUGGGCCAGAAACGUGGUGAAUCUAGGUAAUUUGGUAAUUGAGAAGCCACCUCCACCCGCACAGCCGCCUGGCGUAAUGGUAGCAGGACCGCCCAUUUCACCAGGUCAAAGUCAACCCGGCAAACACCCAGGACAGAUCAACCUGGCCCAGCUCCGGCUGCAGCACAUGCAGCAGGCAGCUUACGCCCAGCAAAAGCAACAGCAGCAACAACAGCAGCACCAGCAGCAGAUUCAGCAACAGAUGCGCAUCGCUUCACAAAUGUCCCAGCAGCACGCCAGACAGACUGGACCGCCCAUGGCUCAGCAGCAGCCUCCAAGGCUCAUCAGUAUGCAGCAACUCCAGAGAGGGCCUGGGGGUAUGAACGGUGGUCCAGGUCCCCCUAUGUACCCGUCGUCCCACCACAUGCGUCUAUCGGGUAUGCCACAGGGUCGGAUGCCCUCAGCUCAGCCGAGACAUAACGGACAGCAGUAUCCCUCCAUGAUGCAGCCUCAGCUACAGAGACAGAUGUCUAUAGAAUCUGAGAUGAGCCACCAAAGGUUUCGUUUCUUACUACAAUCAGGGCAUUCCAACCCAGGUCACGCAGGCCCUUUCCCGGUGGCAUCCCUUCAUAACGCCAACCCCACAAGUCCCACCAGUGCCAGUAUGGCCGGAGCCCACGCUCACCGCGGCCCUACCAGCCCCAUCAUUGGUCCCAUCGAGCUCAUCCCCUCCGUCACAAAUCCUGAGAACCUCCCCUGCCUACCUGAGAUCCCGCCCAUUCAGCUGGAGGAUGCCGGUUCCAGCAACCUUGGACACCUCCUGACUCGCUACAUCACAGCCAGCACACAGAAUCAGUUAGGCUCAGUGGACAUGAAUCCGUCACCCGGACUGUCCACACACUCUCCUGGAUCAUCAGGUCUGUCUAACUCUCACACACCAGCACGACCUUCUAGUACGUCCAGCACAGGCAGCAGAGGCAGCUGUAGCUCUGCGGGGAGGGCGGGGACCGGCGGCGGAGCUGCGGUGGAGCAGGUGAGGGUGAAACAGGAACCCGGUACAGACGACAGCUACAACUGUCCAGGUUCUUCUCUGAAGACGGAGCGGGGCAAUGAUGCAGGGAGGAGUGCUUGCAUGAUGAGCAGUCCUGAGGAAAGUCCUCUUCCUGUAUUAGGAGUCGUAUCUACAGGUCAAGAUGCUGUCAGGGCUUUAGGGGAGCGCAUCAAAACCGAGCCCCAGUCUGAAACACCUUGCUCUGGACUAAACGGUUCCAGUACCUCCACCUCCUCUUCUUCUGGUACCACUAUGACCUCCACUACCUCGUCGUCCACUGAGAACACCACCACCACCACCACCACCACCACAGGCUCUCAGCUCACGAAUGGAAACUUGGACAAAGGGGCAGAGACUAAAGGGGGCGGGGCAUCGGCCAAUCCAGGCGGGAAGGAAGAUGACCCCAACGAAGACUGGUGUGCUGUUUGUAUCAACGGUGGUGACCUGCUGUGCUGUGACCACUGUCCAAAGGUGUUUCACAUGAAAUGCCACGUACCCACCAUCAAAAUCUUCCCAAAGGGGGACUUCCUCUGCACAUUUUGCCGAAGUUUAUCCAGCCCGGAGAUAGUGUACUGUGACGACAGCAGGAAGGUCAAAGGAGAGCACGACCUGAAUCCUGAAGACCAGAGGAGAUGUGAACGUCUCUUGCUGUACAUCUUCUGUCAUGAGCUCAGCGUGGGCUUCAGGGAACCUGUUCCAACCUCUGUGCCCAACUACUACAGGAUCAUCAAGAAACCCAUGGACCUGAAGAAAGUCAAGAAGAAGCUGCAGUUACGGAGCACCCAUUACUACCAGUCCAUCCAAGAGUUUGUGUCUGACAUGCGCCUGGUCUUCAAAAACUGUGCAGAAUACAAUGAGAUGUCUCGAAUAAUCCAGGUUUAUGAUGAGGAGAAACAGAUUAAUACGCAGGUGGGAUCGGAGAUGGCGAUAUCCGGCAAGGCAGUGAGCCUGUACUUUGAGGAGAAGCUGCAGGAGAUCUUCCCAGAGCAGAACUUCCCUGAAACGUCUGAACCCGAGUCCAUGGAAACCGAGGAAAAAGAGGACGUCGACACGGACGACUCCGGGGAGGACUUCAUACAGCCCAGACGCAAACGUUUAAAAACAGAUGAGAAAGUCGUCCACAUCAAGUGAGAACAAACCACCAACAGAAGUGGAAAAAACUGUCUUCCCACAUCCCACACUUGUCCGUUGUUUGAGGCAACAAAAGAAAAGGACGAGAUUCGCUGUACAAACUGCUUGGUUUAUCUCAUCCUUGCCUUUGAAAGAUUUACAGGAGACACCUGCCUUUAUCAGAACUGUCGAGGACAGAAACACAGAAGAGCUGCAUUCCCUCCUUAUUUCAUGGACGCUCCAAAACUGGCUUGUACAGAUUUUGAUGUAGGUUUUGCAUUAGUUAAGUUAAUUAUUGCUUUUGUUUCUUUUCUAUCAAACAUUUUAUUUGUAGAUUUGUUGUGACAAUUGCUUUAUAAAACAUUUAAAUCUCCUGUUCUCCAGUUCUUAAUGUAUUAUAUCUAUUCUUUGACAUGAAACCUACCAAGUAUUUGUAAGACUUUGUGGAAGCGUUAUGUAAAUAAGAGAAUCUAGCCCACUGAAGGUAAUCCUACAGUAUAGAUGUUUGGGUGCGUCAUCAAUAAAAACCUGUUCUUGAAAUAUAUCAAAAUAAAAUGUGUGGUGUGGAGUAGGGUUGGGGGUUGCCAGAGAAUUCUUCACCCGAGUUUCACACCAGAAUAAU